AUGGCUGCCCCAGCACCGCCAGACGGGGCCUAUACCGCGACUCUCAGCCCGACCUCGACCGACGGCUUUGCCUCCCAGUCGCUCCGGUCGUCUAUAUCCUCCCUUGGCUCCCCAGCUGCCGCCCGUCACGCCGCCUCCUAUGUCUCAAAAACAUACCGGCAAUCAUCCACCCUCUUCCUCACGCGAAGGCUGCCCGAGGCCCUCUCCACAAUUACGCCUCUAAUCACAGUCACGCCACCGUCGCCGUCCCAGCAGCCGGAAGGCAGCAACGGCGCCAACGGCACCACCGAGCCCGCACCAGUCGCCAAGGCCUCGCGGAACACGAGGAUAAAGGUCUGGACCCUGUACAUCGCCAUCCUCAACGCCAUCGUGGCUCUCGACCCGGACGAGGGGAAGGAGGCCCUGGGCACGCAGGAGUGGAGGGCGCUGUGCGCCAAGGUGCGGGACGGCGACGUCUGGGAGGAGGUCGUCCACAAUGGCUACCAUGGCGUCGAGGCCGACGUCGACUCGGACGUCGUCAUCAACCUGGCGACUCUCCUCCUGACACACGCGAGGACGCAGACUUUAAACCAGAAGCGCCUGGAGAACUACCUCGCCGCGUCGGCAACCCCCAACCUGGACCUGUCGGGCCACUUCUCACCGACGCAGCAGGCCCCCCCGCGCGGAGUCGGAGCCGGCGUGUCGGGCCCGCCCCCGGUCCGCCCCCGGUCGCAGUCGCGGGCACGCAGCGGGGCCGACACGCCGCGGGACCUGAACGCGCGGGUCAAGAUCCUGGAGCUGUACACGCUGCACGUGCUGAUCCGCAACAACGAGUGGGAGUACGCGCGCGAGUUCAUCGCCGCCUCCUCGGUGCUGGACGAGGAGCGGCGCGAGGCGUUCCUGCAGGCGCUGCAGAGCCUGCAGGAGGACCAGCUCGAGGCCGAGCGGCGGGAGCGCGACGAGAGGCUGCGGCAGGAGGAGCAGCUGCGCCGCGACGUCGAGGAGGCCCGCCGGCUGCGCGCCGAGAACGAGGGCCGCGAGAGGCGCCGGCUCGAGGAGGAGAGGGCCCGCCGCCGCGAGGGGGCCAGCGAGGUCGACUACGGCAUCGACGCCGGCGGCGGCGGCGGUGGCAGCAGCAGUGUGGGCGGCUCGUCGGCCGGCAAGGGGGCUGCGAGGCGGGCGCGGGCGCAGACGGCGGGCUCGUCACGGUCGUCGAGGGCGGCGAGGCAGUCCGCGGCUGCCGGUGGUGGCGGGGGCACGUCGCCUAACAAGAGCAAGGCGGUCGCGCCGGCGUCGCUGGGCGCCAGGGCGGCGGUGGUGUUCGCCAACGUGCGCGCCAUGAUCGAGCGCAUGAGCGUGACGCUCCACACGAACCCGAUGCUGCUGAUGAGGCUUCUGGCCUUCAUAAUAGGCCUGGUUGUCAUGUUUGGGAAGAAGAACAUGCGGGAGCGAAUCACUCGGAUAUUAGGGACGAGUUGGAACAAGGUCAAGGCCACGGCUGGCAUGGGUGUCAAGGUCAGCUACAUAUAA